AAACCUUAAAAAAAUGUAAAGUAUUAGAAAAUGGCUCUUGCUGGGUCGGUCUUGUUAUUAUUUAAUUUAUUGAUAUUUAUCCGAGGAAUUGUUUGUGACUUGGGUCUUCCACAAAAUCAUCUGAUAGAAAAUGAAGCAGACUCUCCGGAGGAGAAUCUGCAGGAUGACACAGGAGACAUAGACCUACGCAAUAAACUCCACGAUCAGAUGAUUAAAGCAUAUUCUAAGAUUCCCGUGAAAAAGUAUAAAUGUUAUUCUUGUGAGCCGCCAGAUUGUCGAGAGGGACCACCCUGUUACAACGCUUUACAGUGCUGGAAGUCCCGAGUGCGAGACUCUAAUGGCCAGGAGCGAGUAUCUCGCGGCUGUACGACACAGCAAGAGCAGGUACCUCUGUACUGUUCUACUCAACAUCAUCACCAUCACGGACACACCAAGCGUCACACUGGCGGACAGUAUGCCAUUGACUGUUGUGUCGGCGACUUCUGCAACAACGGCAGCUUUCCUCUCCUGCCACCAAUCAUAUAUCCAGAUGAGGUGCCAGUCUAUUCCGACCACUCGGUGUACAUUUGGAAGUUGACGUUGGCAAUACUGGGCCCCAUCGUGGUGUUGGGCACUCUCGGCUCAGUGGUGAUUCUGUUGAUGCGUAGACGUCACCGCAAGCGGCUCAUGGCGGCCCGGUCGCUCCACUCGGACCCAGAGAGUUACUGCCCCAGUGAUGACAUGCUGCGGGCCACUGCUGCUGGGGACACCACGCUGCGGGAAUAUCUGGAGCAGUCGCUAACCUCAGGCUCAGGCUCGGGUCUGCCGCUGUUGAUCCAGCGUACUCUGGCCAAGCAGAUCUCUCUGGCGGAGUGUAUAGGCAAGGGCCGAUACGGUGAGGUGUGGCGAGGCAUCUGGCAUGGCGAGAAUGUCGCUGUCAAGAUAUUCUUCUCCCGUGAUGAAGCGUCUUGGAGUAGAGAAACAGAGAUUUAUAGCACUGUACUGCUGCGUCACGAGAACAUCCUCGGCUACAUCGGGUCUGACAUGACGUCCCGCAAUUCUUGCACACAACUAUGGCUCAUCACUCACUACCAUGCACUCGGCUCUCUGUACGACCACCUCAACCGCGCGACACUCACUCACCACCAGAUGAUGAAACUGUGUCUGUCAAUGAUCAAUGGACUGGUCCAUCUGCACUCGGAGAUAUUCGGAACUCAGGGAAAACCAGCAAUCGCCCACAGAGAUAUAAAGAGCAAGAACGUGCUGGUGAAGAACAACGGCACUUGUGUUAUUGCUGACUUUGGUCUGGCCGUGACCCACACCCAGGCCACUGGAGCUCUAGACAUGGCACCAAACCCACGGGUCGGCACCAAGCGAUACAUGGCUCCCGAGGUGUUGGAUGAGACGAUAAAUAUGCAGUGUUUUGAAGCGCUGCGCCGCGCAGACAUGUACGCUGUAGGGCUCGUUCUGUGGGAGAUCGGCCGCCGAACUCUGUGUAAUGGAGUGGUUGAAGACUACAAACCCCCGUUUUACGACGCAGUCCCCAACGACCCCAGCUUUGAGGACAUGCGCAAAGUCGUGUGUGUAGACCAGCAACGGCCUGCCAUUCCCAACAGAUGGGCUUCUGAUCCGACGUUAGCUGGGAUCAGCAAGAUAAUCCGAGAAUGUUGGCAUCAAAAGCCAAACGUAAGGUUACCUUCCUUGAGGGUGAAGAAGACUUUGGUUAAGCUUGCGUCCAACGACAGACAAGUUCAUUUAGAUCUCGAUACUUUAUAAAACAAGUCACAAGUGACGAGGACUUGACUGUGAUUGAUAUAUUUGUUUAUGAUAAAAAUACUUAUCAUGAAGAGGUUGUACAGUAGAACUCCUAAGGUUUAAUCUUGGAAUGAACUAUUUUUUAGUGUAAAAAAAUCACGGGAAUUAUGGACUUGCAAGGAAUCAAACACCUAGUUCAACUGUUUUACUAAAAUAAGGGACUUUUGGUAACAUCAACUUCCUGGGGUGUAAGGUUAGUGACUCUUUAGUUAUAAAUUAAUUCAGUUUCCCCAAAAAAAAUCUUUUGGGGAAAAACUGAAAAAAAAGAUUUUACCAUAGACUAACCAACACAAGUAGACUUCUCAUCCCAUUGUACAUUUUUUAGCUUGUUUAUCGUGUCUAAUUCAUAUUUGGUGACACUGAUAGAAAAAUCAAAUUUAAUUCAAUUCAAUUUCUGGUGUCAAUGAAAUAUUGUUUCUAUUAUUUUAAGGGUUAAUUUCAUAAUUUGUGCUUUACUGUUUAGUUAUGUAAGCAAGGGGUGAAUUAUGGUUUAUAUGAUUAGAUCGUUUUAUUUGGUUGAACCAGGUUUUAAAUGACUGAAAUAACAAGAAACAAAUUGCAAACAAAACACGACCUCUACAGUGCACCGGACAGAACUAACAAUAUAAUUGUCUUCAGCUUAUAAAGGAUGAGAAAUCUACUUAGGGAGUAUGUUUUAUCUAUGAUUUUACUUUUUAAACUAGCAAAUCACUGGGAAUGCUAUUACAGUAGACUUGCUCUUAUUCGGAUUAUUUUUUACCGGAAAUCGGUUUAACCACUACACUUGGCAGAGGUGACAUCUCUUUACCCGCACAAUUUUUAUCAGCACAUGGAUUUAAGCGGACUGGAUGGCAGGAAGUGAUGGGUACUGAAACGACCUUUCUGAGAAAGAUGGGAAAGUUUGAGACCAGUGAUUACGUGUCUAAAUACAAUGCUCUCCUAAAUUCAAGCAUAAUAUUUGGGUUAUUUUUUAAUAAUAAUAGCAUUUAUAAUAAUUACAUAUCUUAUAUCUUUGACUUAAUAGAGCUAGACAUUCCAUCCCCAUGUUAAAGCUGUCACCAGUUUUUAAAUAAAAAAAUUGACAGAAUUGAAGUGAGAUACCGGCAGAUUGUAAUGAUGUAAAUUACUGGUUUCUAAAUUAUUGACAUCGGUUUAACUGGAAAAAGCUAUAUCAGGCCAGGCUUUGGUUCCGAGGAGAAGAGGGAAUCUACUGUAUGGGUCACCUAUUAAGGUCUAGUCAUGAUAUGGAGAGAUUUCAUAAGGUGAAAGUAAAACGUUUUCCUGACUUCAUCAAGAUCCAGUAGUACAAGAUUUUAAGUUGUUAGGAGCAAGAUACAUUAUUGUUUCAUUUGUUUUUUACGAAUCUGUAACCGUAAUUCAUGACUCCAUUACAACAGCUAACUUCACGUAGAUUAUUGUGGGCUUCACUCACCUUUAUUUUUGUCUGUGAUGUCCGGGACUCGUCAAAACACACAUAAACACACAUAAAUAACACACAAAAUCGUCCACGGCAUCAAAGUCCGACGUUUCGCGGAACUCAAAAAAACCACUACACUCCUUUUUUAUCAUUAAUAUGAAUAUCCCCCGCCCCCGCCCGUCCUCCUCCAAGCUCAGCUGAUCCGGCAGUCGUGGUUAGGCGUUCAACCCGUGUGCGGGCUAAAAAUAGUAUAUUUCUACCCUGAAGAAGCGGAACGUUUUUUUGAGUUCCGCGAAACGUCGGACUUUGAUGCCGUGGACGAUUUUGUGUUUUAUAUAUGUGUAUUUAUGUGUGUUUUGACGAGUCCCGGACAUCACAGACAAAAAUAAAGGUGAGUGAAGCCCACAAUAAUCUACGUGAAUAAUAACACCUCGCCUAAAAGCAUGUCGUUCAAAAACAGCUAACUUUUUAAGUUUUUCACCAAGUUGGAUUUGUGAAUAUUAUUAGGAGUUCUACUGUCAUUUUGGAAAUCAAAGACUACUACAUCAGAUAAGGUGUACAACUUAACUUCCUAUGAAAGCUUCUAAAGCUGCAUUCUCUUUGAUGAAAAAUUAACAUUUUCGGUAUUUUACCUUUUGAUGGUAUCUAAUUUAUAAAUAUUUUUUCUAAAGAAGUUAUCUCCAGAACAGCUUCCAUAAUCCCCCCAACUUUUUGUUCGUAUUCAAAACAGGAAUAUAGUUUUAGUUUUACUUUUACAUCUACAUACAUAUCCAGAUGUGCAAUAUUAACUUUUGAUAUUACAAUAACCGAUUUGUAUGUGUAAAGCUUAUGAAUUGAUUUCAUAUAUCACACAACCUGUUGUCAAGUUUGAAACUGAAGUUGACUCCUUCCUUGUACAGUAAAGGGCUACAGAAACUGUAAAUAUAAUUAUUUCUUGUUACUUAGUGUCUAGCAAUGUAAUUAUUGUUAUCCUAUGUGAUUAAUACUAAUGCCAAGAAACUGAAUUUUUUAACUGGUACAAUUCAAUUUAUGAUGGUUAUCACUUACUUUUGUAUCUUUGAGCUCAAAAUGUUGAUGUGGGUAGUUGUUAGUUAUUUUAUAUACCAAAAUGAUAUCAGCAACAAAACUACAACCUAAAUGUGUUUGCAACAACAAAUAAAAUGGUCCAUCCUAUUUUGAUAAUUGGCCUAUUUCCAGAGUUCUAUUAAAUACUGGCCAGACACGGUCAUGAAUUCGUGGCUUGUAAGACGAAGGGGGGCAAGUAAGUAUAUGUGUACUUGCCCUCCUUUGUCUAGCUAGCCACAAAUUAUUUUCAACCUCGACUGUUUAAUUUUAUUCAACAAAUUCAAUUGUCAGUUCUGUUGUUUGACUAUACACAUAGUUUUUGUAAACGUCUCAUUUUUUACAGGGUGCCAUACAACUGAUAUUAAUACUAUUGGUAGAUUUAAGUAACUUAGUUAUAAAGGACGAUUUUAAGACUGUUGUAAUAUUAUUUUAUGUGAAGCAUAAAUGUAAGUAGUCUAUGCUAUUUUCUUUACAUUGUAUGCAAUUAGGUUUUACAUUUAACUAUUUAUAAAACUAGAUAUUCCAUCCCUGUUUUAAAAGUUUUUGCCUGUUUUUUUUUCAAAAUUGUCAUAGUUGAUGUGAGCCACGGACAGAUUGUGCUGAUUUAAAUGACUAAUUUCUUAGAAUACCAAGUAAAACUGAUGCAACGACUUAUUGUGAGCUAUAGAAACUGUAAUGAGCCGUCAACUAUGUCAGCAACAUAAUUAGGUUGAAAAUAGAAUAUUAGACACUAGCGCAUUUUGUGACUGGCUCGCUCAGCAAUGUUCUUUUUUAAAUAAAUAUUGCGACAGCUGGUCAAUGUAGAUGGGAUGUUUACUUCAGUAUCCAAUAGUCAAUGGUUUUACUAAAGUAAAAAACUUAAAUGUUAACUCUUAAGCCAUUUUUAAAUUGUGGGUUUAUGCUUUCGCUUAACUAUGUUGGUUUGGGUGAAAUAUUUAAGCCUUCAUUGAUCCACUAAAACUGCCGACUUCAAUAUGUUACCAUGUGCCAGAAGUGACGUAACUGUAUGCAUUUGAAUGAAUAAAUUGAAAUUAAAUUACAAUCAUCAAGUUAAUUAAAUGUUUAAAUACUGGCUGAAACACUUAAAAAAUGUUGUAUAUUAAGUACUCUAGUAGCAUUUUAUGCAUAGUAAACAAACUUGAACAUAUUCUAAAACCUUUUGUGCCUAGGGAUACAAAUCCAUAGCUAGGCCUAUUUAUAUUAUACUAAUUGCUUAACUUGAUAUUUUUUAUACUCCACUUUUUCAGCAAUCCUUUAAUGCAUAGGGGGUCAGAUACACACACUACAUUUGAUUUAUUUAUGUAAUGUUCACCAUUUUGUUAACACUCGUUCAUACAUUUUGUCAGCAAAGAAGUUUAAUACAGGUGUUGGUAUUAAGUAAACGGUAUAAAGCUGGUUGUAUUGUCAAGGCCUAUUUCUGUCUAGUCUAGAAGUUAGGAUCCUCUAAAAUCAAGUAAUGUUUGCAUAAAGAAAUUUGAAAUCAUCCUUUUAGAAAUCAUCCUGGUUAAUAUCCAGGUAUUGUUUUUUUUUCUUUUAGGAUUAAAUCAAAAGUUUUGUACUGUAGACUUCCUUUUGUUUGGAUCCAUUUGGUUCAGAAGGCCACCCGUGAGUGACUUGUGUACUCCGCUCAAUCUCGCCGCUUUGUUCACAGCCACAAAAACAAACCAGAGAUGGAACAUACAGUAGAACCUAGAUACUAAGAAUAUCAUGGGAGUUAUUAAAUAAGGUUAUAAUCAAUGUGGACUUGUUUUUAAGGUCUGCAAUAACAUGUGAUUAGGAGUAAAAUCAUUUCAAGGGGCUUUUAAACGACCCUUGUUAUCAAGGGAGACUUGUUAUUAAGGGUCUUGUUAUCGAGGUUCCACUGUACCUAUGCAAUAAUAGUCAGGAACUUUCCUUAGUUUUUUGGUAAUAUUGAUAUAAAACAUUUUUAUUAAGGACUUUACAGCCGGUCGCCGUUAAUAUGAAGACAGGAUCAGCUUAUUUCCCUCGUUUAAAAGUUCAGAUGAUGUUACAAAAAUAAUCAGAUACCAAGGUAUUAAAUUAUUUCAUGCUGUCCGCUGUUAAUAGGGAAAAAGGAUCAGCGUUAUUUUACUUGUUUGAAUUGCAGUUCUUGCGUUACAAAAAUAAUCACAUUCUAAGUAAUUGUAUUACCGAGGUACUGCUAAUUUGUAAUGCUUGCUGUUAAUAGUAAGACGUUAUUAGCGGAAUAGUUAUUUUAUUAGUUUGUUUGAACAAUUCAGAUAAUGUUACUAAAAUAAUAGAGUACUUUUUAACUUCAAACAUUGUUGGUGUUUUUAGUUUGGACAAGUGUCCACCACGCUUUCAAUGUCUAAAAGUAAAAGAGAAUAAAUUUGACUACUGCAUUACUGAAAUUAAAAACUUUAUAAACAAUUAAAUACAAUACAGAUAUUAAUGAUUAUGAUGAUGACAGUAAUGAUUCUAUCAGAAAUGUUUGGUGCUCAAUAAUAUUGCCUUUUCAAAACCUAAAACUCGUGUCAGUACACAGCCAUUAAUGAAAAUACUCAACAGUUACUCAAUUUUUAAAGAAGGUAGCCUAUAUCUUAAUUUUGUUUACGGAUACUCUAGUUUGGUCUUAUGUGCCAGAAGAUGUACUUUAUGUUGUAGAUUUAGGGAACUAUAUAUUUCUCCUCUGUUUGUAAAUAUUUUUAAUAGUACAAAAUGUUUAAAUGUUAUGUAUGAGUGUGUCUCUCUUGCCUAUAAAUUUGUUGUUGUUUUUAAAAUUCUCAUUAUUGCUUGUUUAGUUUAUGGUGAUAUUAAAUUUAUUUUACAGAUUUUGAAUUCUGCUUAGUUUCUGUAGGUUUGUCAUGAUUUUAGUAAAUGUAAGGUAAUGUUUGUACAUAACUAAAUAGUACUGACUAAAAUAAAACUAGCUCUAUUUUUCA